AUGACGGAUCGCCCGCCGUUUGGGCUUACCGCUCACACCUAUACUGAUACACCACGACACGUAAUGUCCCUACUAGCGAGUAUAUGACCAUGGCAUUAUAAUGCAGCACAAGGUAACCCAGCCAGGGAGGCGCACACUCAAAACCUUUAGUUAUCCACUCUAUCUUACCAGUCAUACUCUGGUAGAGUUAUUAGAAACAAGUGCACUAGGCAUGCGCGCUGUGCUGGGCAUGCCAGUGCGCACCCCGAGUGACAGGUACCUUUAUUGCCCUGGUUUGGGUGGUGGGGUUAGCGCCGAUAAGGGGUGCACCACUCGACACCAGACCACAGGUACCAAGUUACCAUAUACGCCUGCUAUGGGGUCCAGCUCCCGCCUGCCUCGCCCUGGGUCCGGUGGGGCCCCUCCACAGGGGGAAUGCAGAGCUUGAUCUAGGUGCACGGCUCUCCCCGUUGCCUCCGCGUCCCUGCCGCCCCUGCCCCACUGGGGAUCCCUCCCUGGCCCUCCAUGUCCCUGCCCGUGCUCCCUCUGGGGGGCUCCCCCCUCCCCCUUUUGCCCCAGUGGGGCCCUGGCCUCGCCGCCACUCGGGGGGCCUGGGGUUCUUGCCUGCUCCGCUCCACCUAUGGUCGCACAAUGUGAGGGGCUUGAACGCCCCCGAACGUAGAUCUCAUCUCCUGCGCUCCCUAUGGGCAUCCCGGGUCUCCAUCGCAUUCUUACAGGAGACGCACUUUAGGGGAACGGUUGGCCCGGCGCUCCGUGACUCCAGAUACCCGGUGGGGUACUUCGCCAACCAUCCCUCAGCUAAAAAAGCUGGAGUCGCAGUUCUGUUUGCGAGCACGGUUCCGUUUAUCUGCGAGGAGGUCUGUGGGGAUCCCAUGGGACGUUAUCUGUUUCUACGAGGCUCGAUAGCGGACACCAAGUAUACUUUCGGAUGUAUCUACGCUCCCAACACACGGCAACACCGCUUUCUGAGAAGCACGCUGCAUAAACUCGAGCAGUUCCGGGAAGGACUGCUCGUGGUGGCUGGCGACCUCAACGUGGCCCUGGAUCCUCAAUUGGACACAUCCACCGGUGCCAGCUCACUACCGACCCAUUGUUUACGAGACAUCAAGGAGGCACUGAGGGGAUCAGGCCUCGUGGACUGA